GUUACUGGUGUAUGGUGGUAGGUUUAAAUUCUACUCAUGACACAGGUGACUCGUUCUUCCUCCGUACGAUGUCGCUUUAAUCUGUAUCCUACUUUAGCAGUGUCGGUGGUCGGCCUCUCGGCCUUUAGUUCUCAGCCUCUUAGGCGACGUAAUGGAUGGACCUGUAGGCUCGUAGCAGUUGUGGACUUAGGUUAGAACUAUAAAGCAGAAAAAUUGAAUACCGUCAGACAGAAGAACUCCCCUGUAAGCCGAACGAAGCAUAUUAUCCUAGGUUGCCUUCUCCUCGUGCAAAUGACUUGUUUAAAAGUUGGUAAAAGUCCGAAAGUUUGGACUAAUUAACGUUCUACUAGAAUGGAUGUUAGCGACAUAAUGCAGAAGCCUGCUUGUGUUGUGCUUGUUUUGACAUACUUCUUACUCGCAUUGUCAUCUAGUGGGAAAAGUGAUACCCCUUUUAGUUGCAGUGAACAGUUUGGCUACUACUCUGAUCCAAAGGAUUGCAGCAAGUAUUACGUGUGUGUGUUUGGAGAUCCACUGCACGAGAGUUGUACUGGAGGGUUGUACUUUAGUAGUGAGCUGCAGACCUGUGAUUGGCCGAGAAACACAAAAUGUGGGGGCGGAUCACAGGACAACGAAGAAGACCACGAAAGUUUACGGCAAAGUGACGACAUCUUUUUGAGCCAAAGACGUAAUCCCGAGACUUCACAUGAAGUAUCUUCAAGUUAUGGUGAGCGGACAGCUUCUAACAGUAGAGGAGCGAAAAGCGGGAGGCUAGAACCUCUUACUCCACGAGAUGGUAGAACGUGGUCGUCAAUUUCUAAUAGUACCUCCUCACCUCUAAUACAUCCUCCUCCCAACCCUCCACCUGUUCAGAUCAUUCCAAUAACAACUCCCCAUUAUAAUCAGUACAAUAGGCAGGAGAAGUCCAGUAAUCCAGAGCAAAACAAUUACAACACUUUUAGUGGUGAUCGAUCACCAAAUGUCUUCGAUCUAAGUGUAUUUGUGAAACAAGUCUUUGGAAAUGGUGACGAAUCUAAGGGCACAGUUACAGAUGUCCAAACCUAUGACAUUAACAAUCGACGUAGGGAACCAGAUGUACUUGCGCCCAUUGACCAUAACAAUGGCCGUUCAAAAGAUCCAGAUGAGGGGCCUUAUCCUGGACUUGAAUUAAACCGGAAAAAUUCGUCUCCUGGUCGGGAAAACUUCGAAGGUGCAAAGAGAUAUUCUGCUAUAAACACCAACAAUGGAAACCAAAACGAUCCAGACUCAACCUUAGCUUACAGAAACAACCGCGGCAAUUACCAAGAAUCUGAUGAGUCUUCUUUAUACAAAGAUAGAGACACUUCUAAAGGGACUGCAACACGUUCCUCUUACAGUAACCUUGGUGAUAUAGAAAACUUGCCUGUCUUCAACAGUAAUAAUGGUAAACAUGAAGACGCAGAUGUGAUUCUGCCUUUAUCUAGAAAUAAUGGUCAUUUUAAAGACCCUGAUACAAUUACCCCAUUAUCAAGAAAUAACGACCAAUAUAAAGAUCCCAAUGUUAGAUUGCCAACUUCAGCACUCGUUACUCCUCUGGAGAGAUCACACAAAGUGAACGAUCAAAGUACUAAGAAUCAUCGUCCUACCUAUGGUAGACCUGUACAAGCUUUAGAAGGUUCAGACAGCUUAGACGCCCAGUUUGGCACCAAUCCUGCCAUUAUAAGUCUGCCAGAUCCUCCUAAUCAGCGUAACUAUAAUUAUCCUAGUGACAAAAAGCUUACUACUACUCGAAACCUUAAGAACCCCCAUACAGACGAUAAGCAGGCUGGCAACAACCCUUCUGAACACUUUAACUACAGGAAUUAUAAUGAACCAUAUCAGUACAGUUAUGAAUACUAUGAUGACUAUGACCCUACAGCUGACACGCCACCACUCAAGGUUAAAUCCCACAAAUCACCUACUGUUCAAACAACAAACUUUACAAAAAUCCCUUCCGUAGUUACCAAACCACCAGCUUCAAGACCAGUCCAGCAAGUGGAUUCCACUCCUAAUUUUCCUUCUAGGCCUCUGCCUGUAUAUCCAACUCCUACUCCUUUAGUGGCAGCUGGAAAAUGCAAUCCCAGUACGUGCCUUGUUCCAGACUGCCGUUGUGGUGGGACAGACAUUCCAAAUGGAUUGCCAGUCCGCGAAACUCCUCAAGUAAUACUUCUAACUUUCGAUGAUGCUAUUAACGAUUUAAACUUUGAUUUAUACAAAGAAAUCUUUACUGGACGAAAUAACCCUAAUGGUUGUCCCAUUCUUGGUACGUUUUAUGUUUCUCACGAGUGGACAGAUUAUGGACAGGUUCAAACUCUCUACUCUCUAGGCCACGAGAUGGCGUCUCAUACUAUCAGCCACAGCUAUGGCGAGAAAUUCUCUAAGAACAAGUGGUUUAAAGAAGUGCAGGGUCAACGAGAGGUUCUUCACUUGUAUGGAGGAGUCAAGUUAGAAGAUAUUCGCGGUAUGAGGGCACCAUUCCUGCAGAUUGGCGGGAAUCCUAUGUUUGAGAUGUUGUUCGAGGCAAACUUCACUUACGACUCUUCCAUGCCCGUAUUCGAGAACAACCCUCCCUUCUGGCCUUUUACUUUGGACUACACUAUUAACAACGAAUGCAUGAUUACCCCCUGUCCAAGCAAGUCCUUUCCAGGACUAUGGGAGAUGGGAAUGGUGAUGUGGGUAGACUUGAGGGGUGGUCGGUGUUCUAUGGCCGACGCCUGCUCCAGUCAUCAAGAUGAAGAAGGAAUCGUAAAGUUUCUGAACAAAAAUUUCAACCGCCAUUACAAAUCUAAUCGUGCCCCGCUUGGUCUGUUUUACCAUUCGGCUUGGUUUACUACAGCUCAUCAUAGGAAGGGGUUCAUGAAAUUCCUAGACGAUAUUCUUUCCAAAGGUGACGUCUGGGUUAUAACCAACUGGCAACUCAUUCAGUGGCUAAGGUCCCCUACACCAAUCUCCAAAUUAAACAACUUUGAACCUUGGCAGUGUAAACGGAAAGAUCUCCCCCCUCCGUGUCAUCACCCCACAGUAUGUAAUGUUUGGGACAAAAAUGGCAUACGCUACAUGAAAACGUGUCAGAAAUGUCCGAGUCACUACCCCUGGGUGGGGAAGACUGGUUACAAGGAAGGCGGAUAAAUUGGACUUUGGUUGAGUGAUAAUGGUUAUGUUUAACGUAUAAAGCUGUUAAUGUCAUUAUAAACACUUAGAUAUAAUCAAACCUCAAUUGUGUAAAAUAUUGAGUAAUCACACACUAGAAACUGCUGGGUGGUCAACGCUCUUUCUGCACUAUUGUGUGUGUGUAUAUAUAUAUACCUUAUUGAGGAACAGUUUUUCUCUUACACUUUUCUCUACGCUCUAAUGACACUAUAAAUUUUUUCUUGUUAAGGGAGAAGUUUCAUAAUUCUUUCACUACACAAGUAUAAGUCAGUCAUUUGUUGUCUUCAAACUCCUCUACAAAAUGGUGUCUGUUUUCAUGUGUGCUUGAAACGAAUUUGAAACUUUUUGUACAGUGCAGUACUGGAAGCCUGUUCAAGACGUAACGGUACAAGCAACAGACUUGAACCUCAUAACAGAAGUCGUGGAAGACGGGAUCUUUGUCGCUCAGGAAGCUGUGAAAAAAAAAUACGUUCGUGCUGGUUUUAGACAUUUUUAAUUGCGUUACUCUGCCGUCAACAGUCGUAAUGGACUGAAGAAAGAAUAAAAAAUGCUGAAAUAAGCUUAAACUUUUUUUUUUGUCGAGAGCAUCCCCAUUUAUUUCUUCUUACAUACAUUUCUAUAUGGAUAUUUAUCACACUAUAUUUUCAUAUUAGUUUAUCCAAAUUAUGUCUUUUGUUGUCCUCAACAGUAUCAUAACGUUUUAUUUUAGUUACUUAAAGCAUAGAAUUCUUCCUUAUUUUAGUACACAUUGAAUUUCAUAUUGCAGUGUUUUGUGAAUAUGCUAUUACUUUUGUUGUUCGUUAUAGUUAACCGUGAUUAAGUUUCGAGUCGCUCUGUACUAACGUUUCCACCUUGUGAUAGCCGUAUUAAAUAUAAAUAUCGCAUUUGUCAAACAGACAGUAAUUUUUUUGGUUUCUCGAUAUAGCAAUAUUAAUAGUUUUAUAAAAUGAUUUUUGUUUCAUAGCUGAAAUUUUCUUUAAUAUUUUAAUUUGGUAAUGAAAAGACAUCGACUGCGAACACAUAAAUAAUCAAAGAGCGAUAAUAAAAUGUUACUUAGUUGCUUCAGUAACGUAAUACCAUCCAAAAGCUCGAUAAACUUAAUUAUUCUGUUUAUCCGCGUUCAUCACUCCCGGUUAAGUGGUGAGCCAAAUCCAUUAAUCUGAACGUUAGCUGCUGUGACGGAGUUAACAGUAUGAAUGUCAAAAACAAACGUAAAGAAUCAUAGAUUUUGGACUGGAAGUCAGUUUGACCACUUCGUAAUUCCAAUUGACUCAGGUCUUUUGUAGGUUUUAUUUUUGUUUAUGUUUAUGCAACUGUCUUUAUAUUUAUUCUUUGUGAAAGAAUGCUUAAGGGUGUUGAGGCAUAAAAAUAAAUCGUGCAAUUUUUUUUUUAUCUAUAGCAUCGACCUUACUGGACUGAUGAGUAUAAGAAACUGAAUAUGUUUCGUAUUUCAAUCUUCAGAACACUAAAUAUGAAAAAAGAUAGUGGCAGAUCUAGAGAAAAGUUAAUGAGGAAUGUUCCUGGAUUUAUAACUUAUAAUUUCUGUAAUCACCUUAACAGAUAGACACGUUUUUUUUUUUCAAUAUUCAUUUACAUUAUGGCUUUAUAAACACAAAACUGUAGAAGAACCAUAGGGUUUGGUGCCAAUUGUUCCUAAGUGCAAUGAAGAAGUAAAUGUUCUGUAAUGCUCCUUCCCUUUAAAGUUCAACCCUUUUUAAAAUUUAAAAACAUGUAGAAUGACUUAUAAAACUUAGUUCAUUUAUAUCAUUAUAAAUGAUUUAAACAAUUAAUCAAAUUUAUGCAGCGAAUUUUUAAACGUAUACACAUUGAUGGCAUAUUUCUGGCAAACAUUUUUUCGCAAUUAAAUUAAAAUGACUUGAAUCAGUGAUGUACACCACACCUUCAUAUAAUGGAUGGGAUGCAUAUAAAAAAAAACAACAGUAAAGCAGGAAAUUAUUCUAGCAAAAAUAUCACAAACAGAAAUGGUGGUUAGUAUAACGGUUUGUUUGUUUAUAAAAAGGAAAGCAGAAAAGAAACAAAUGAAAGAGAACUAACCUGAAAGGAAAGGUUAAUGAAGAAAGAAAAACACAAAAGAGUGAAUUAAGCACUAUUUAUUUAGAAUAUGUAUUUACAUAUAUUAUGUUCAUAUCUAAUUUAGAUAGUUUGUGAGAUAAAAAUCUAGCCUUGACAUCUAUAUAAAAUUCAGUUUAUCAGUUUUUGAAUCUAGUGACACUGUUGUAUAUUCGAAUAUUUCGGCACAUUACUACAAAAACACCAUUUGUGAUUUUGGUCUACGUAUACACCUUGGCCAACCCUGCAAGUUUUGUUCCUGAAUAUUCCAAGGUUGUAAUGAAAUCCUUAAAUACACACCAUUUUAAAUCAAUGGUAGAUAAUUCUGAAUAACUUACUCGAAAGUUCUUUAUUCAAACUACAGGUCUGGACCUGGUCUAACGGUUAGCUAUAUCCAACUGUGAGUCUGAGAAUUCCAGUUCACGACCCAUUAAUGUAAGAACAUGCUCCACACUUUGCACUAUAAAAGUGACAUUCAACUCUCGCUAUUUGGUCAGAGAAGUAGGCCAAGAGUUGGCGGUGGAUGCUGUUGCCUGUCUUAGAUAUAAUCUAUCAGUUCAGAAUUAGAGACGGUUUUGCUCGGAUGGUACUUUUAUAGCUUUGUGUGAAAAUCUGAAACUAACAAACAAAAUAUUCAAACCAGAAUAUACGUUUGCAGGGUACAACAUCGAAUCAGUUUUUUUGAUACACAUUAAUAAGAUUGACCAUAAAGAUGAUCCCUCGUUGUUGUUUGAAUCAAUUGAACAUUGCUGAAACAAACUUUCGAAAUGUAGACAUAAGACAGAAAAUGUAUGUUUGUGAUACGAUGCGAUAUUCGAUUUGAAAUCGAACUAAAGUAACAAGAAAGAUACAUUUUUACCAUCAUUCUUAACAGCAAACUUAAUGAAUGUAUAUUUGCCAUUUAAGUAGUUAAAAAACCCACUAGCAUAUUCAGAUAACUUACUCAUCAUCAACAUGUUUAGAAAAUACUGUUAUUUCAAUUCCUGGGACAUUCAUGUAAAUAACUUUUAUUCACGGAACAUGAAAAGGGUUUGCGUAAUCCGGAGAUAAUCUAGAACCCACGGCUACGCCAUCAGUCUUAUUAUUAAGAACGUUGUUAAUUAAGAAAUGAUCAAUUUUAUUUGUAUAGACACUUUAAAUUUAAUAAAACUUUACUUGAGACUCUACUUUUACAAAUCACUGUUUUUAUUAUCCAAAUUAGCACAAAUUUGAAUUUCUUCCUCGUGUGGUAUUAAAGUAAAUUCAACAUCAAAACUCGAUAAAUAAAAAUUAAGCUUUUAAACUUAAUAAAUACAAUGGCUAAUGUAUUCAGAGUAAAUACUUUACAAUAUUGCUAAGAUAUCAUACCAAAGCACGAACAAAAAAAGGUUUCUUUAGUGGACAAGACAAAAUUAUUUAUGAAUUUUAGGUAAACCUUUUAAAAUGAUAUCUGUUUAUCUAAUAAUAGGAUAAGUAUCUCCAGUAAUGAUACUGUCUCGU